GGAGGCGGGUUUAUUAGAAUACGGGUAGGGACUGACAAAAGUUGCUAAAUUAAGAAAUACCCGGCUCUAGAGUUUGUGGAUUUAUCUUUAAUAAAUAAAUCGUAAUGUCUCGGGGUUCGAGUGCGGGGUUUGACCGCCACAUCACAAUCUUUUCUCCGGAGGGCAGGCUUUAUCAAGUCGAGUAUGCAUUCAAGGCCAUUAAUCAGGGAGGACUGACCUCGGUAGCAGUGCGAGGGAAAGACUGCGCCAUUGUCGUCACUCAGAAAAAAGUUCCCGAUAAACUACUGGACUCCUCCACUGUUACGCAUUUAUUCAGAAUAACAGAGAACAUCGGCUGCGUGAUGACGGGCAUGACAGCUGACAGCAGGUCACAGGUACAAAGAGCUCGUUACGAAGCCGCUAACUGGAUGUAUAAGUAUGGAUAUGAGAUCCCGGUGGAUAUGCUGUGUAAGAGGAUCGCAGACAUCUCUCAGGUGUACACGCAGAACGCAGAGAUGAGGCCGCUCGGCUGCUGUAUGAUUGUGGUGGGCGUGGAUGAGGAGUGUGGGCCACAGGUCUAUAAAUGCGACCCAGCGGGUUACUACUGCGGAUUUAAAGCCACGGCCGCAGGCGUGAAGCAGACCGAGGCCACCAGCUUCCUGGAGAAAAAGAUCAAGAAGAAAUUAGAUUGGACCUUUGAGCAGACCAUUGAGACUGCAAUUAGCUGUCUGUCUACAGUCCUGUCUAUCGACUUCAAACCUUCCGAGCUGGAAGUGGGUGUGGUCACUACAGAAGAACCCAGGUUCAGGAUCCUGUCUCAGUCUGAGAUCGACGCCCAUCUGGUGACCCUGUCUGAGCGCGAUUGAGAACCAAGACGUCGAGUUUUUAAGAAGCACUACGUCACAUCGACGGUAUUCAGGUCGCAUUCUGCCCCGCCUUCUGCUGUUUAUUUUGCUUUUUCCUGCAACACCUCAAUAAAACACACCUGUUUUGACAA